AUGGCUUUGGUGAGAUGGAUCUGCGCGGUCACUCUGACCAGCCUUUUCUCAACAGAGUUACGUGCUCAGCUGGAUGUAUGUGGAAUCACUCCCCUGAACACCAGGAUAGUUGGAGGAGAAGAUGCUCCACCUGGAAGUUGGCCUUGGCAGAUUAGUCUGCAGAUGUUUGGCGGCCAUUUUUGUGGUGGUUCCCUCAUUAACAGAGAGUGGGUGAUGACUGCUGCUCACUGCUUCUCCAGGUGGGUAACUAUUUCUCUCGGCCGUCAGAACCUGCAGGGCACAAACCCAAACGAAGAGUCCAGAAGUGUUUCCAGAAUCAUUUUGCAUCCAAAGUAUGACAGCGACAGCAGCAACAACGAUAUUGCUCUACUCAGACUCUCGUCACCAGUGAAUUUCACUGACUACAUCAGACCUGUGUGUCUGGCAGCCAGUGACAGUGUGUUCAACAAUGGUACAGAUAGCUGGGUCACUGGCUGGGGCAACGUCAAGGAGGGAGUGUCAUUAUCGUUCCCUGAAACUCUACAAGAAGUGGAGGUUCCAGUUUUGGGCAACAGACAGUGUAACUGUCUCAAUGGAGUCGGUACAGUCAACGACAACAUGAUUUGUGCUGGUGUUCUGGCAGUAGGCAAAGACUCAUGUCAGGGUGACUCAGGAGGUCCAAUGGUGAACAAACAGGGCUCCGUCUGGGUCCAGUCUGGAGUAGUUAGUUUUGGUUUUGGUUGUGCUCGGCCCAAUCUGCCAGGAGUUUACUCCAGAGUUUCCCGUUACCAGUCCUGGAUCAACUCCAUCAUUCGCUCUGAUAGGCCAGGAUUUGUGCAGUUCACCUCCAGUGGACUGGAUGCUGACAGCAGCUACACCUGUCCUGGUCUCCCACCUCCUCUUAUUACAACCACUACUGCUACUGGUCCUAGUACUGAAGGACCAGAAGCUACAACCACAGAAGCAGUCUCUCAAACCACAAUGUGUGGCAUCACUGCCUUGAACACCAGGAUAGUUGGAGGAGAAGAUGCUCCACCUGGAAGUUGGCCUUGGCAGAUUAGUCUGCAGAUGUUUGACGGCCAUUUUUGUGGUGGUUCCCUCAUUAACAGAGAGUGGGUGAUGACUGCUGCUCACUGCUUCUCCAGUACGUCUGGCUUGCAAGUUUCUCUCGGCCGUCAGAACCUGCAGGGCACAAACCCAAAUGAGGAGUCCAGAAGUGUUUCCAGAAUCAUUUUGCAUCCAAAGUAUGACAGCGACAGCAGCAACAACGACAUUGCUCUACUCAGACUCUCGUCACCAGUGAAAUUCACUGACUACAUCAGACCUGUGUGUCUGGCAGCCAGUGACAGUGUGUUCACCAACGGUACAGAUAGCUGGGUCACUGGCUGGGGCAACGUCAAGGAGGGAGUGUCAUUAUCGUUCCCUGAAACUCUACAAGAAGUGGAGGUUCCAGUUUUGGGCAACAGACAGUGUAACUGUCUCAAUGGAGUCGGUACAGUCAACGACAACAUGAUUUGUGCUGGUGUUCUGGCAGGAGGCAAAGACUCAUGUCAGGUGAGCAUCUUUUUUGAUUUUAAACCUGUUGGUCAUUGUGUUGAGGACUUUGUGAAAUACUUAGUCGUGUCCUCUUUUUGUCCUCAGGGUGACUCAGGAGGUCCAAUGGUGAACAAACAGGGCUCCGUCUGGGUCCAGUCUGGAGUAGUUAGUUUUGGUUUUGGUUGUGCUCGGCCCAAUCUGCCAGGAGUUUACUCCAGAGUUUCCCGUUACCAGUCCUGGAUCAACUCCAUCAUUCGCUCUGAUAGGCCAGGAUUCGUGCAGUUCACCUCCAGUGGACUGGAUGCUGACAGCAGCUACACCUGUCCUGGUCUCCCACCUCCUCUUAUUACAACCACUACUGCUACUGGUCCUAGUACUGAAGGACCAGAAGCUACAACCACAGAAGCAGUAUCUCAAACCCCAAGUCCCGACUUAACCAUGUCAAGUGCUGAAUUGUGUGGCAUCACUCCCCUGAACACCAGGAUAGUUGGAGGAGAAGAUGCUCCACCUGGAAGUUGGCCUUGGCAGAUUAGUCUGCAGAUGUUUGGCGGCCAUUUUUGUGGUGGUUCCCUCAUUAACAGAGAGUGGGUGAUGACUGCUGCUCACUGCUUCUCCAGUACGUCUGGCUUGCAAGUUUCUCUCGGCCGUCAGAACCUGCAGGGCACAAACCCAAAUGAGGAGUCCAGAAGUGUUUCCAGAAUCAUUUUGCAUCCAAAGUAUGACAGCGACAGCAGCAACAACGACAUUGCUCUACUCAGACUCUCGUCACCAGUGAAAUUCACUGACUACAUCAGACCUGUGUGUCUGGCAGCCAGUGACAGUGUGUUCACCAACGGUACAGAUAGCUGGGUCACUGGCUGGGGCAACGUCAAGGAGGGAGUGUCAUUAUCGUUCCCUGAAACUCUACAAGAAGUGGAGGUUCCAGUUUUGGGCAACAGACAGUGUAACUGUCUCAAUGGAGUCGGUACAGUCAACGACAACAUGAUUUGUGCUGGUGUUCUGGCAGGAGGCAAAGACUCAUGUCAGGUGAGCAUCUUUUUUGAUUUUUAACCUGUUGGUCAUUGUGUUGAGGACUUUGUGAAAUACUUAGUCGUGUCCUCUUUUUGUCCUCAGGGUGACUCAGGAGGUCCAAUGGUGAACAAACAGGGCUCCGUCUGGGUCCAGUCUGGAGUAGUUAGUUUUGGUUUUGGUUGUGCUCGGCCCAAUCUGCCAGGAGUUUACUCCAGAGUUUCCCGAUACCAGUCCUGGAUCAACUCCAUCAUCGGUUCUGACAUGCCAGGAUUCGUGCAGUUCACCUCCAGUGGACUGGAUGCUGACACCAGCUACACCUGUCCUGGUCUCCCACCUCCUCUUAUAACAACCACCACUGCAGCUGGUCCUAGUACUGAAGGACCAGAAGCUACAACCACAGAAGCAGUCUCUCAAACCACAAGUCCGGACUUGACCAUGUCAACUGCUGAAUUGUGUGGCAUCACUCCCCUGAACACCAAGAUAGUUGGAGGAGAAGAUGCUCCACCUGGAAGUUGGCCUUGGCAGAUUAGUCUGCAGAUGUUUGGCGGCCAUUUUUGUGGUGGUUCCCUCAUUAACAGAGAGUGGGUGAUGACUGCUGCUCACUGCUUCUCCAGUACGUCUGGCUUGCAAGUUUCUCUCGGCCGUCAGAACCUGCAGGGCACAAACCCAAAUGGGGAGUCCAGAAGUGUUUCCAGAAUCAUUUUGCAUCCAAAGUAUGACAGCGACAGCAGCAACAACGACAUUGCUCUACUCAGACUCUCGUCACCAGUGAAAUUCACUGACUACAUCAGACCUGUGUGUCUGGCAGCCAGUGACAGUGUGUUCCACAACGGUACAGAUAGCUGGGUCACUGGCUGGGGCAACGUCAAGGAGGGAGUGUCAUUAUCGUUCCCUGAAACUCUACAAGAAGUGGAGGUUCCAGUUUUGGGCAACAGACAGUGUAACUGUCUCAAUGGAGUCGGUACAGUCAACGACAACAUGAUUUGUGCUGGUGUUCUGGCAGGAGGCAAAGACUCAUGUCAGGGUGACUCAGGAGGUCCAAUGGUGAACAAACAGGGCUCCGUCUGGGUCCAGUCUGGAGUAGUUAGUUUUGGUUUUGGUUGUGCUCGGCCCAAUCUGCCAGGAGUUUACUCCAGAGUGUCCCGUUACCAGUCCUGGAUCAACUCCAUCAUUCGCUCUGAUAGGCCAGGAUUCGUGCAGUUCACCUCCAGUGGACUGGAUGCUGACACCAGCUACACCUGUCCUGGUCUCCCACCUCCUCUUAUUACAACCGCCACUGCAGCUGGUCCUAGUACUGAAGGACCAGAAGCUACAACCACAGAAGCAGUCUCUCAAACCACAAGUCCGGACUUGACCAUGUCAACUGCUGAAUUGUGUGGCAUCACUCCCCUGAACACCAAGAUAGUUGGAGGAGAAGAUGCUCCACCUGGAAGUUGGCCUUGGCAGAUUAGUCUGCAGAUGUUUGGCGGCCAUUUUUGUGGUGGUUCCCUCAUUAACAGAGAGUGGGUGAUGACUGCUGCUCACUGCUUCUCCAGUACGUCUGGCUUGCAAGUUUCUCUCGGCCGUCAGAACCUGCAGGGCACAAACCCAAAUGAGGAGUCCAGAAGUGUUUCCAGAAUCAUUUUGCAUCCAAAGUAUGACAGCGACAGCAGCAACAACGACAUUGCUCUACUCAGUCUCUCGUCACCAGUGAAAUUCACUGACUACAUCAGACCUGUGUGUCUGGCAGCCAGUGACAGUGUGUUCACCAACGGUACAGAUAGCUGGGUCACUGGCUGGGGCAAUGUCAAGGAGGGAGUGUCAUUAUCGUUCCCUGAAACUCUACAAGAAGUGGAGGUUCCAGUUUUGGGCAACAGACAGUGUAACUGUCUCAAUGGAGUCGGUACAGUCAAUGACAACAUGAUUUGUGCUGGUGUUCUGGCAGGAGGCAAAGACUCAUGUCAGGUGAGCUUCUUUUUUGAUCUGUAACCUGUUGGUCAUUGUGUUGAGGACUUUGUAAAAUCCUCAGCCGUGUCCUCUUUUUGUCCUCAGGGUGACUCAGGAGGUCCAAUGGUGAACAAACAGGGCCCCGUCUGGGUCCAGUCUGGAGUAGUUAGUUUUGGUUUUGGUUGUGCUCGGCCCAAUCUGCCAGGAGUUUACUCCAGAGUUUCCCGUUACCAGUCCUGGAUCAACUCCAUCAUUCGCUCUGAUAGGCCAGGAUUCGUGCAGUUCACCUCCAGUGGACUGGAUGCUGACAGCAGCUACACCUGUCCUGGUCUCCCACCUCCUCUUAUUACAACCACUACUGCUACUGGUCCUAGUACUGAAGGACCAGAAGCUACAACCACAGAAGCAGUCUCUCAAACCCCAAGUCCCGACUUGACCAUGUCAAGUGCUGAAUUGUGUGGCAUCACUCCCCUGAACACCAGGAUAGUUGGAGGAGAAGAUGCUCCACCUGGAAGUUGGCCUUGGCAGAUUAGUCUGCAGAUGUUUGGCGGCCAUUUUUGUGGUGGUUCCCUCAUUAACAGAGAGUGGGUGAUGACUGCUGCUCACUGCUUCUCCAGUACGUCUGGCUUGCAAGUUUCUCUCGGCCGUCAGAACCUGCAGGGCACAAACCCAAAUGAGGAGUCCAGAAGUGUUUCCAGAAUCAUUUUGCAUCCAAAGUAUGACAGCGACAGCAGCAACAACGACAUUGCUCUACUCAGUCUCUCGUCACCAGUGAAAUUCACUGACUACAUCAGACCUGUGUGUCUGGCAGCCAGUGACAGUGUGUUCACCAACGGUACAGAUAGCUGGGUCACUGGCUGGGGCAACGUCAAGGAGGGAGUGUCAUUAUCGUUCCCUGAAACUCUACAAGAAGUGGAGGUUCCAGUUUUGGGCAACAGACAGUGUAACUGUCUCAAUGGAGUCGGUACAGUCAACGACAACAUGAUUUGUGCUGGUGUUCUGGCAGGAGGCAAAGACUCAUGUCAGGUGAGCAUCUUUUUUGAUUUUAAACCUGUUGGUCAUUGUGUUGAGGACUUUGUGAAAUACUUAGUCGUGUCCUCUUUUUGUCCUCAGGGUGACUCAGGAGGUCCAAUGGUGAACAAACAGGGCUCCGUCUGGGUCCAGUCUGGAGUAGUUAGUUUUGGUUUUGGUUGUGCUCGGCCCAAUCUGCCAGGAGUUUACUCCAGAGUGUCCCGUUACCAGUCCUGGAUCAACUCCAUCAUUCGCUCUGAUAGGCCAGGAUUCGUGCAGUUCACCUCCAGUGGACUGGAUGCUGACAGCAGCUACACCUGUCCUGUACUGAAGGACCAGAAGCUACAACCACAGAAGCAGUAUCUCAAACCCCAAGUCCCGACUUAA